AUGAACAACUGCUUGUGGAAAGUUCCUGGAACGCUGCUGGAAAAUGGGUUGAGGAAGCUAGAAAAUGACACGGAUCUGUUGGAAUUGGUUAAGGAUUGCAGGAGGAAUCAUCACCUCAUCAACAUCUAUUUUGAGCAUGUUGUGUCUAAGCCACACGUGGUUGACUGCAUGAGUGAGGAUGAUGAUGAAACACUUUGUUUGCCAACCAUCCCUGAAGAAGCAGAGAAACCAAAGAAGGACCACAGUGAUGCAAUGUCCCAAGAUUACUGUAAGACAACAAAAAAAUCACCUCAGCCAAAAAGAGCCAAAACUCAACCCACUCCUAAUGCUACUCCUCAGCCCAUACCUAAGCUAACUCCUCAGCCCACACCUGAGCCCACUCCUCAGCCCACACAUAAGCCCACACUUAAAGCUACACCUGAGCCCACACCUCAGCCCACACCUCAGCCCACUCCUGAGCCCAUACCUAAGCCUAACCCCCAACCCACAUGUACGCCCACACCUAAGCCCACUCCAAAGCCCAAAACCAAGCCCAUGCAAAAGCCCGUCCAGCAACCCAAACCUUGGACUAAACCCCAGGCUGCUAAAGGGAGUAGCAAGACUACAGCAGCCGACAAGAUCAGCAAGAAGGUGAAAGCCACAACCAGUACAAGAUCUGGAAGGCAGGCUAAGGCAACUCCAGUUGCAGAUGAUAGUCAAUCUCAUGAUUCAGAUUCAUAUGAUAGUGCUGAAGACAGUUUGUACAAGCCUCCAAAAGGUGCAGGAGAUUCCAUAUACAGUAGUAGUGAGAGUGAUAGUGGAGUUGAUAGAGUAGAGUCUUCUUCGGCCAAGAAAGUAGAUAACAGAGAGAAACAUAGGCCUGCUGCUCACAGAAGAAGGGAGAAAGCUAUUGACACUGAUGACUCGAGCUAUGAGGACAUCAAAUCUGAUGAAUGCUCUAAUGGAGAUUCAGAUGACGAAUUUGAUUGGGAAGAUUCAUCAGAUGGAGAUGAAUGGAAGUCAGAAGAUUCUGCCCAUGAGUUAGACUCUAAAGAUGAAGGGCCAGCUGUGUAUCCACAUUAUAAUGACAAGGCCAAAUUUGGUGAUCUGAAGUUUGAGGUUAGUAUGGUUUUCAAAUCCAAGCAACAUUUUAUGGCUGCCACUAGAGAUUACACUAUACAAUGGGAUAGGAAUAUUAGGUUCUGUAAGAAUGACAAGGUUAGAGUGAGGGCGGUUUGUAAGUGUGAAGACUGUCCAUGGGUAGUAUAUUGUAGACACAACCCCAGUGAUGGUUCCUGGCAGAUAAAAAUACUAGUUGACAAUCACACUUGCGCAAGAAAGUGA